AUGCGGUUAAACCUUCUCCUAUGUCUCCUCUUCUACCUGACGAAUCAAUCGAUAAUUCCGACGGUCGACGAUAAGCUUUUGCGCGGCGAAUUCCACGAUGAGACGGGCGUGCUCGUGGAUUACGAGGACUCGUCGACCAAUUUGACGGAUUACGCGAGUCGACGGAGCAGUGACGACGACAAAAUGACGCCGGAUGAGCCGAAAACGUUAAGAGAGCCGGGCAGAAGCCACGAAGACGAGGAGGAGGACGAUUCCAGCGACAUCAGCGAGGAGAGGUGAGUUUUUGGUUGACAAAUUUGGAAAUUUGUGUUUAUUUUAGACGAAGAGUGAACUUUUGUUGAGAACACUUGAAACGUCUUUAAUUUAUCAGAAGAACAGUGAAAAAUUGCCCAAUUCAGCAUGUAUAAAAUGUGGGGAAAGUCGGUGGACUAUGACACAUUUUUCGACACGGCCACAUCGUCGAUUGAGCAGGAAGAAGACGGGUUUCUUUGCGAAUUUUCACUUUUUUCAGUUUUUUGGCUCUAAAAGCAUGGAUUUCUUCUUGUACACUUUUCCCCUAUUUUCACAGUAACCCGCUUCUUCCUUUUUCUGGAAUUUCUCAAAAAAUUCCGGAAAAAAACUCACUUCACGCUUCUUCUUGGAAUGACUUUUCUGUUGUAAAAUCACUUUAAGUUAGGGAAACUUUUUGAAGAAAAGGAAAAAUUGCAGAGAACGAGACAGUGUGGAUCAUGCUCAUCUGAAGUCGUUGACGGCCAUCAAAACGGAAAAACAUCAGCUUCCGGUGGCCGGGGUCAUCAAUUCGGCGUUUAAUGACAAGUUAGUUUAAUCUAAAACAUUACGGUUUCAAAUUUUUUCGAACAAAAAAUACUGCUGGCUAUAGAUACUCGAACUGAUACAAUCAAAAUAUUGAAAAAUUGCAGAAAAACGUUCUCGUGUCCACGAAUCAAGGACGAAUUGGUGACGGGCGAAUCGGUGGCCGACAUUUCUCCGGAAGACAUUAAGAUAAUCGCGGCGAUGGGCGACGCACUGGCCACCGGAAUCGGACUCUGGCCCAAUGCCGACAUUGAAUUCCGCGGCGCCAGCUUCCCGAUCGGAGGAGACUCCACCAUCGACGGACUUAUCACUAUCCCUAGUACGCUUUGCAACUUUCCAAUAACCUUUUCCUAGAAAUUGUACACUUUAUACGCAGAAAAAUAGUGCAAACACAAUUACAGACAUUCUGCGAGAGUUCAGUCCGAAGCUGGUGGGCGUGUCGCACGGAAUGGGCCGCGAUCUGCCCGAUCACCAACUAAACGUGGCCCAGACGGGAGCGACGACGAGCGAUUUGUACGCGCAGGCCAAGGAACUGACGAGAAAGUUGAGGAAAUUGACGGAAGUCGACUAUUUGACCGAAUGGAUCAUGAUCAUCGUCACCAUUGGCACCGAGGAGGUACGUGUUCUCUAUUUGAAUGUUUAAGACAUUUGCUGUAUUAAUUUUUGAUCAAAACUUUUUUCUGUUACACGUUCUCACGGCCCGGCUUUUCAAACAUAGGACUUUCGGUUUUCUCAAAAUGUCUCCAGAAAUCGAACAUAGGGACCUCUGAUUUUUCGAUAAGAGUUCAAUUUUACUGGGUUCUUCAAAAUGAGCCAGGUCAGAGGUAAAUGUAAGGUUUCUGAGAGAAGUUACAGCUUCAUAAUUUUCACUCCUCCGUAAUACGGAGUCCGUAUGCUUUGCCGGCCCGUGCGUUCUAAUUCAACAAAAAGAGGCCAAAAAAGCUUAUCCGUUGAAUAAUGUCCAAUUUCACUGCAAUCGCGCUCUGUUGAGAAACUCCUUUUCCAGCGCAAAUUGCAAUCGGUGGCCGAAUUUGAAAAGUUAGGCCAGAUUAGGAACAGAGCGCGAUUGCAGACAAAUGGCCAAGCGUGAAACUCGGCUACCGCCCAGGCUUGUAAAAAUUAUAGUUUUGCAGCUGUGUGCCCGCUGCGAAGGACCCUCGUACGAUCACAUCGAAAAAGCGAUCACCCAUUUGCAAUUGUACAUUCCGAAGGCGUUGGUCGUACUUUUGGGACCCGUACACGUCGCCUCGUUCCACGAACAAAAAUCCAAUUUGCUAAAGUUUGUCUUCAUUUUGUACAGACUUCUUGGCGAUGUUUUGAACUUUUGACCCACUUGCAAUUAUCCGAUGCGAUCCAAACUUUGCAGGCUUUUUGGACUUGGAUUGAAGUACUUUGGGUCCGAGUUUCAGACUGAUCGGAUCAUCUGGUCCCGAGAUAUACUUGUUUGAGGCCGCAUAUCUCUCGGGACCGGAUGGCCCGAUCGAUCUGAAACUUGGGCCCAACAUACUUCAAUCCAAAUCCAAUAAGCCUGCGAAGUUUGGGCCCGAUCGGAUCACUGCAAGUGGAUUAAAAGUCCAAGCCCCAAAAAGGAUGGGCCGUUGUUUGCUCAGCCCCGCAAAAAUGUAAAACAUUUAUGUUCUUUAGAAACCGCUGUAAAUGCUCUCGCGAUCAGACGGAAGGUUUCAUGUACGACGUCUCCAGAAAAUGGGCAAAAGUGUGGAAAGAAGUGCAGAAAUUCGUGGAGACUGGUACCACCUCGGUGCGCUUUUUCUUCAAUCAAAAAAAAAAAUGAAAUAACAAUGUUUGCAGAGAGAAACAUUCGGAAUGAUCAGUUUUCCGAUGGUCACCAUAACCUCCAGAUACCCGAAUGGCCUUUUUAUUCGAGAUCGGCCACUUUUGAAUAGGAGAGGUAAUUUUUUGAUAUUUUUUGUCAGAAAAAAAAAACUGAUUCUUCAUUUUAGGCCACAAUUACGCGACGAAAUGGCUGUGGAACCGUCUGAUCGGCGGCGACGCCUACAAUCUCUCAUCGGCCACACUUUCGCAGGAUAACUACUUUUGUCCGUCUGUCGUGAGUUGGAACACAUUGUUUUCUCAACUUUUGAUGCAUCUUAAUAAAGUUGCGAUGGAAAAUUUGAAAAAAAUAUUCUCAGUUACAGUGAACGUAGAAAUUGCUUUGGUUUUCGAUUUUGUAUUGAUUGGUUGCUUCUUGCUUGCAGGGUUGUCCUUACUUCCGAACGUACGCGAAUCACAAGAAAUGCGUGACGACGAGCCACGCGGAGGCGAAGGAAUUGUACGAAAAAUACGAGAUCAAAGAGGGAGUCGUCUUCAAAAAAUUGGUAAUAAUUACAGUUUCAGUAGAAAUUUUUGAAAGAAAUUUGAAAUUAAAAGUAUUGUUAUCCUUUGUCACCUAUGAUUCUAGUCAGGGCUGGGCAAAUUACGGCCGAGGCUUUUUGAGUCCUGGACUUUUGACUUACUUGCAAUAUUUUUGAUAUUCAAACUGUGCAGGUUUAUUCUACUUGGAUUGAAGUAUGUUGGGUCCAAGUUUCAGACCGAUCGGAUCAUCCGGUGCCAAGAUAUGGUGAGCAUCCGAAAAAGCCGGGUUUUUGCGAAAACGGCUGACCUUUCGUCCUCUGAUCCAUUUUUCUCGGCACCAGAUGAUCUAAUCGGAAACUAGGACCCAAUAUAGUUCAAAUCAAGUCCAAUAAGCCUGUAAAGUCUGGACCCGAUCGGAUAAUUGCAAGGUGGUCAAAAGUCCAGGCCUCAUAAAGCCUUCGAAAAGCUUGGGCCGAAAUUAGUGCAGCCCUGAUUUUAAUUCAAAUUUGGUUAAAAACGCAUUUCUUGCAUGAACAAUUUGUUUCCCCUCGGCCAAUCGAUAUUGUGUGGUUUUGUAGCGUCGUCGCUCGAUUGAGUUCUUGUACACUCUGGCUAUUGUGGUUGUCGGCGCCGCAUUCUGUAUAGCUUGCCUGCUCGGAACGAUCUUCUAUCAAAAAUCCAAAAUGGUAGGCUUUUUUUUGCAUGAUUUGUUACAGUUUUUCACCGUUCUUUUUAUAUAGAAAAAAUUCAAAUAAAUACUAUUUAUCAGGGCGAUCACGGACGCUUCGAAAUAGUGGAAGAACCGCAGAAGAAGCUGGAAGACGCACAAAAAGAGGAGCAGAAGGCACUGCUCACACGCCAAAAUACGAGAGCACAGUCCGAACAGGUAGGCGAGCACUGAAAAAAUAACAUGUUUUAAAGUGAGGUUCAAAGUAAGAAAUUCAUGUCCGAAAGUCCCAAAUUGUAAGGAGACGACGAGAAGUGCACGGCGGGUGGAGUUUUCUAGUCCCCCGGCCGCCAUUUCGUUUCGGUAUCCUCGAGGCAAAAGACACAAAAAUGUCGAAUCUCAGGAUCAGACCGAAUAAUCCGAGUGCCGCACGAAAAAUCGAUAUCCGUUGCUUUUUUUGAGAAAGUCAGCCAAAUUCGGAACUUCGGGACAUAAAUCACUCACUUUGAACUCGACUUUAGAAAUAUAGUGCUUUUGUAGUACACGACACUUUUAAAAACAAUUAUUUUCUAACUUUACAGGCGAUUCCCACAAACAACGUGCAAUUGGCGCCAAUGUCCGUCGGAAGGCACAAAUCAUUUCUGGGAACGAUCAACGAAGUGACCCCGGAUGUAUAA